UUCCGAAAACUGCCAGGAAUUUGGGUCAAAUUAUGACCCUUUAUCAAAUUUUAAUGAGCGUUCGGAAUAUUGCUGUAAAUGUGUUAGGCGAGAAAUCUUGUACUACGCCACUUCAAGAAAAUUAUAAGGAUUGGCUUCGUCCAACUGCAAGUACACCCUCAAAAAUUGGAA